AAUAAUUCACAUUUUCGCAAAAAGAGUCCAAAAUUAGAAGCUUCAGAGCAGGAGGUGUCGAAGGGGGAAGGUAAGGUCGAUCGAUCUCACUCCCUCGCUCGAUCGAAUCGGUCUCUUCUCCUUGCGAAAUCGCGUCGAUUCUCUUCGGGUUCUUCGUGAUUCAGCUUUAAGUUUCCUUUUUUUCCCCUUUUUUUGGUUUUUUGGGGGGUUUUUUUCCGGGAUUGAGAGCUCGGCGAUGGCCUCGGCGAAGUCGUCCCGGUCGCGGCCGACGGCGCCGGCGAGCUCCGCCGCCGCGGUGGGCGGCGGCGCCGCCGUGGAGGGCGGCGCGAAUCUCACCGACAAGCUGAAGAUCUUCAAGACCGAAAACUUCGAUCCCGACGCCUAUGUGCAGUCCAAGUGCCAGUCCAUGAACGAGAAGGAAAUCAGGCACUUGUGCUCGUAUCUACAUGAUCUGAAAAAGGCUUCUGCGGAAGAAAUGCGUAAAAGCGUCUAUGCUAACUAUACAGCAUUUAUUAGAACAUCGAAGGAAAUAUCAGAUUUAGAAGGCGAGCUUCUAUCCAUCAGAAAUCUGCUAGCAACUCAGGCAGCUUUAAUUCAUGGUUUAGCAGAAGGAGUAAACAUUGAUUCUCUCACUGCUGGUUCAGAAGGCUCUUCAGAAGACGAUUUCACAAGUGCUCAAGAUCAAGAACCCUCGGAUAUUCAAAAGUGGGCAUUGGAAUUCCCUGAUUGGAUUGACGUGUUGCUUGCUGAGAGGAGAGUGGAGGAAGCUUUGGAUGCUUUAGACAAAGCGGAGCACAUAGCAUCAGAAGCAAAACAGAAACAGACCCUAACCACAGCAGAAAUCUUAUCAUUGCAGAAUACUAUUUCUGACCAUCGCCAAAAGUUAGCAGAUCAGCUUGCCGAGGCUGCGUGCCAGUCUUCAACUCGUGGUGUUGAACUGCGUGCUGCAGCCUCGGCUCUUAAGAGGCUCGGGGAUGGGCCUCGCGCUCACACUCUGCUUCUUAACGCUCAUGAUCAAAGGCUUAAAUACAACAUGCAAACUAUUCACCCGACGAGCACUUCGUAUGGAGGAGCUUAUACUGCUGCUCUCUCGCAGCAAGUCUUCUCUGUUAUUGGUCAGGCUCUUAGCGACUCUUUAGAAGUCUUUGGCGAUGAGUCAUCCUACAUGUCUGAAUUAGUAUUAUGGUCCACGAAACAGGCGGAAACCUUUGCACAGCUAGUAAAGAGGCACGCAUUAGCUUCUUGUGCAGCUGCUGGGGGCUUGAGAGCUGCUGCAGAGUGUGCUCAGAUAGCUAUUGGACAUUGUUCGUUGCUUGAAGCUCGUGGGCUAUCUCUUUGUUCUGUUCUUCUGAAACUAUUCAGGCCCAGCAUUGAACAAGCACUAGAUGCCAAUUUAAAGAGGAUUGAAGAGAGUACUGCUGCGUUAGCAGCUGCAGAUGAUUGGGCACUCACUUCUCCACCAUCUGCUACACGUACAUCUACUAGGACUACUACAACAAACUUGGUUUCCCAGCCGAAACUAUCAAGCAGCGCACACCGCUUCAAUUCAAUGGUUCAGGAUUUCUUUGAGGAUGUCGGGCCGCUCCUGAGUAUGCAGUUAGGUGGCUCGACCUUGGACGGCAUUCUUAAAGUCUUCAACUCAUACAUUAAUUUGCUAAUAAAUGCACUACCAAGCUCCAUGGAAGACGAGGCAAAUUUGGAAGGUUCCACAAAUAAGAUUGUUGGAAUAGCAGAGACCGAAUCUCAACAAUUAGCACUGUUAGCUAAUGCAUCUUUAUUAGCCGAAGAGUUGCUACCUCGAGCGGCCAUGAAACUCUCACCUCAAUAUACUAGUGGUGUGGACGAUCCUCGUAAAAGGGUUGCGGAUAGACAAAACCGUGCACCUGAACAGAGGGAGUGGAAACGAAAGCUGCAACGUUCCGUUGAUAGGUUGAGAGAUAGCUUUUGUAGGCAGCACGCUCUUGAUCUUAUAUUCUCAGAAGAUGGUGAUAGCUAUUUAAAUGCAGAUAUGUAUAUUAAUAUGGAUAAUACAGUUGAGGAGCCGGAUUGGGCUCCCUCCCCAGUCUUUCAGGAACUAUAUGCAAAAUUGAACAGGAUGGCGAACAUAGCUGCAGAUAUGUUUGUCGGCAGGGAAAGGUUUGCUACCUUGUUAAUGAAGAGACUCACCGAGACAGUCAUUUUAUGGCUUUCUGGGGACCAGAGCUUUUGGGAAGACAUCAAGGAGGGACCAAAACCUUUGGGUCCCUUUGGUCUUCAGCAGUUUUAUUUGGAUAUGCAGUUUGUGAUCCUUUUCGGACAAGGUCGGCACGUGCAGCAAGUGAUUUACGACAUGAUUGAUAGAGCUAUGGCUGCAUUUUCUUCGACUGGAAUGAAUCCAGACAGUGUCCUCCCUAGUGAUGAUUGGUUCAUCGACGUUGCUCAAGAAACUCUCAGUAGAAUAAGUGGUCGAGCUCAAGCCGCCAACGGAGAUAGGGAGCCAAAUAGCCCUACUGCUUCUGUUUCCGCACAUUCCAUGUCUUCAUUUAGAUCACAUGGUAGUUCUUAGUGUGCAGUUUUUUUUUUGUUUUUUUUUUUCUAUUUUUAGGGAACUUGGGGGGAGGGUAGUUCAUAUACAUAAUAAUAUCCCUGCAAAAUAAUCUAGUUUACAUCAAUGCUCCUGAAAUUUUGAAUUUUUUUUCGUAUGUACCCCCACGAAUGGCUGCUUCUUACAAAAAGGGCCAUUAAAUUGGGGAGUCAUUCAAUUCAUUAGCAGAAGUUUGGAAGUUUUGGAACAUUUUGUAUGUGUGAGAGUUUAGUUGUUGUUAAGGGGCAUAUAUAAACAUUCAGAUUCUGCGGGGAUAUAUAUAGGAUUUUAUUUUUUUCUUUGGUAGGUCCUUGUAUAAUAAGCAGCGGUUCAUUUUAUUAUUAUUUUUUUCUUUGGGGUUGUUUUCCAUUUUUGUAUUUUGUGGUAGCAUAGGUCAUAAUUGGUCACUUUGAGUAAAUAUCUAAAAUAUAAUUCUUGGGGUUUUGUAUGUAAAUUUCCAUACCAAUAUAUACAGAGUCCAAACUCCAUGCAUUAUUGUAUUCUUUCAUCAGCUUGUAAUUAAGAAGUGAUUAGUAAUAAUCAGAAUAUAUGCUUCAUUAA